CAAGUAUCAACCGCUUUCGCGAUUUCUCUAGAGAAACCAAGAAACCUCUCUCUACUUCCACUUCGCAUAUCCUUGUCCUUUUAUUUGAACAACCAAAAUCACAAUCUUUGGCUACUUCUCCUUCUUUCUGCCGUUGAAGCUUACGGAAAUCAGUGAUUAAAGAAACUCGAGUGAGAGAGACUGUUUUGAUUUAACUGUAAUGGCGACUGCGUAUAUGCCUAUGAGGUUGAAGAGGAAGGACCUCGAACAAGUCAACGAAGAUUUCUCCGAUUUCUCUCUGUCUUCUCCCGCCAGAAAGAUUCGUCGUUUGGAUGCGGAUUUGCCGCCGAUUAUGGAGGAAGAGGAGGCGGUGCCGCAGCUACCUCAGGCUCCGAUAGUUGAUCACGUGUUUGAAGACGAAUUGCCCUUUACGAAUCAGAACGAAGAGAGGGCUCUUGUUCUGUUCAAGCCCGUUAACAGUCAUCUAUUAACCCACCCUUCUUCUUUGGCACCUAAUUUCUCGGUGGAUUCAGAUAUAAUUUCAGGCCUUAAGAAUCAAUUUCCUUGGUUUCGCAACCAUGGAAGCCAUCUGAAAAUAGCUGAGGUUGAGGAAGAUAACGAGGACAAUGUCAAUGCAAAGGAAUGUAUGGCAGUUGUUCCUUGGGUGCCCUCUCAGUGUCUACGUACAGUGGAUUUGAAUAUUCCUUCAGCGGAAGCACCUCUAGAGUUGAUGGAAGAUGAGGAAAUGGGGGAAGCAGCUAUGGAGAUUGAAGACAGUAAUGCAAGUGCAGAGCUGGGUUACAUGAAUGAUUCUUUUGGUGGAGUAAGGGGAAGGGAUGGCUUGCACCAGUGGCAGGAGCAACAUUGCAUGACACCACAGCUUCCUAAGAACAUAUCAACUCCCAUUACAUGGUUCCGAUAAGGGUUGCCAUAGAUGAUUAGAGAAGUUUAGUAGGGAUGAGGGGUUUUUUGUCAUUUUCAUGUGUUGGUUUCUGGUGUUGACCCUUGGGCUCAUGAGAAGCAUCUUGUAAGAAUUUUUCUUCUCAAAGCAUCCUUUUGUUACAACUCUCAGGUUUGAUAUUCAAAUGCUGCUGCUGCUGGUGCUUAAAAGACCCAUUUUCAGACUAUGAGGUAGGAGUAGGAGUACUUGCUUGAUGUCCAGGACAGGAAUGUUAAAAUUUCAGGUAUUAAAGUUGAUGCAGCGGCUUACUGCCAUUGAGGUCGAUGUACCAGACCGAUGUAAAUUGUCAGCUCCUUGGUUAUUACUACUCAUAGCUACUUUUGAAUGCCAAGAAAGUAUCAAUCAUCAGACUAGGUCAGAAGUAAUAGCUUAUGUGAUUUACAGUUAGUGUAAAGUAGGUCUGCAGAGUUAUAUACUGUUACACGCCAAACAUAUUUUUAGGGUGAAUUUUUUCCUUAAUUGUGGUGAAACAUGGUGAUUUGUUGCAAGCA